AUGAGAAACCGAGUUAAGCGGUGGCUGCUCCUAGCCCUGCUCGCAGUCGCAAGUGUCCUCUUCCUCCACAUAUAUCGCGUCGAAGCAGUACUCUCCGUUCGCUGGGUACCCGACCGAGCAGCCCUCCUCUUCAGCCAGCGAAAAUCCCUGCCCCAGCCUAUCACCGAGUCCUUCCCGGACUCGACCUCCCCGCCCUACCAGCUGCCACUACGCACAAAGGGGCGCUACAUCGUCGACCAAACAGGCCGCCGCUUCAAGUUGGCCAGCAUCAACUGGUAUGGAGGCUCCGACGAACUGUUCGUACCUGGCGGGCUGGACACUCGGCACCGCGACGAGAUUGCGCUCGCGAUUCGGCGCAUGGGAUUCAAUUCGGUGCGCUUACCGUACAGCGAUGAGAUGGUCAUCGAAAAUCCGGUCGUUGAAAACAAGACUGUUGCUGCGAACCCAGACCUGCUGGGUGCCAGGGCGCUGGAUGUAUUUAUUGCCGUGGCUGAGGCUCUAACCGUGCAGGGAAUUGCCGUGAUUGUCAAUAACCAUAUCACGCGGGCGACGUGGUGUUGUGGUUUAGACUUGUGCGAUACUGGCUGGGCGAAUGAUUACCUGCCGAAGUCAAUCUGUCGGGUCAGACAGACAGAAGAGGAAUGGAUCCAACACUGGAAGACAGUGAUGAGCCGCGUUGUCAACAAUUCUCUGGUUAUCGGAGCCGACCUUCGCAACGAGGUCCGCGGGCUCUGGGGCACCAUGCCCUGGAAAAAGUGGGCAGCAGCAGCAGAAAAGGCCGGAAACGCACUGCUCAAGCUCAACCCCAACUGGUUGAUCAUCGUCGGCGGCACUGAGUCUAACAAUGACCUCUCCGGAGUGGCUAAACGCCCCAUCAUGCUGGCUGUGCCCAACCGCGUGGUGUACGAGGCGCAUGUGUACUCGUGGAGCGGAUGGGGCAGUAUUGAGGGCUCUUAUUCUCGGCGCUCCUACGAGUCGUUUGCGCGAUCCAUGCGGAAGAAUUGGGCUUAUCUGCUGGAGGGCGACGUUGCGCCCGUGUGGGUAGGGGAGUUUGGAGCGCCAGAUCAUCCUAAUAAGGGGGAUGCGAACUACUGGGCAAACUUGGUGCGCUUUCUAAAGGAAGUAGAUGCAGAUUUUGGGUAUUGGGCAUUGAAUCCACGAAAGGUGAACCGGAAGAAGGAUGAGAGGGAGAUGUAUUCGCUGGUGGAGGAUGACUGGAUGACCCCGGUGCUGGACUACCGGUUGAAAGAUCUUACGGAGAUAAUGGGCGACCGAAGUUGA